CGCGCUGCGCUGACGAUGCUUCCCGGCGCGCCCGCCCGCCUGGCGCUGGCCCUGGGCCUGGGCCUGUGGCUCGGGGCGCUGGCGGGGGCCCCCGGGCGCGGCUGCGGGCCGUGCGCACCCCCCUGCUUUUGCGGCCCUGCUCCGGACACCGCCUGCCGCGUCAACUGCUCGGGCCGCGGGCUGCGGACGCUCGGGCCCGCGCUGCGCAUCCCCGUGGACGCCACCGCGCUCGACAUCUCCCACAACCUGCUCCAGGCAUUGGAUGUCGAGCUCCUGGUGAACUUCUCAGCACUGGUGGAGCUGGACAUAAGCAACAACAGGAUCUCUACGUUAGAAGAAGGAACAUUUGCUAAUUUAUUUAAUUUAACUGAAAUAAACCUGAGCGGGAACCCAUUUGAGUGUGACUGUGGUCUGGCGUGGCUGAGGCACUGGGUGGAGGAACAACAUGUUCACGUGGUCCAGCCUGAGGCAGCCACAUGUGCUGGGCCUGGCCCCCUGGCUGGCCAGCCCCUCCUCAGCAUGCCCCUGCUGGAUAGCAGCUGUGGUGAGGACUAUGUCGCCUGCCUCCCCGACAACAGCUCAGGCACUGUGGCAGUGGUGGCCUUCUCUGCUGCCCGCGAGGGCCCACUGGCACCUGAGUCCUGCAGUGCCUUCUGCUUCUCAGCCGGACACAGCCUUGCGGCCCUCUUGGAACAGGGCCAGUGCCUAUGUGGGGCAGCCCAGGCCCCCAACACCUCUGCAGCCUGCCAGUCCCUGUGCUCCAGUCCUCUGCCACUCCCCACCCCCAACUGCAGGGUCCCCACCCUCCUCCAACAUAUCUUCCCAGCUUCCCCAGGGGCCACCCUGGUGGUGCCCCAUGGACCCCUGGCCUCUGGCCAGCCAGCAGCCUUUCACAUUAUUGCCCCUCUGCCUAUUAGCUCCACAUGCUGGGACUUUGGUGACGGCUCCCCUAAGGUGGAUGUGGCUGGUGCCGCCACCACCCACCGCUACGUGUUACCUGGGUACUAUAACGUGACUGCUGUGCUGGCCUUGGGGUCUGGCUCGGCUCUGCUGAGUACAAAGGUACAAGUGGAGGUGGCCCCUGCUGCCCUGAAGCUCAUGUGCCCAUCCUCUGUGCUCAGUGAUGAGAGCCUUCAUUUUAGCAUCCGGAACCGUGGAGGCUCAGCCCUACAGGCCACCUAUAGCAUCCUGGCCCUGGGUGAGGAGCCCAGCCGAGUGGUGCACCCGCUCUGCCCCUCGGACACAGAGGUCUUCCCUGGCAAUGGGCACUGCUACCGCCUGGUGGCAGAGAAGAUGCCCUGGCUGCAGGCGCAGGAGCAGUGCCGGGCCUGGGCUGGGGCUGCCCUGGCUAUGGUGGACAGUCCUGCCAUUCAGCACUUCCUGGUCUCCCAGGUUACCAGGAGCCUGGAUGUGUGGAUUGGUUUCUCAGCUGUGGAGGGGGCAGAGGUUGGCCCGGCCUCUCAGGGUGAAGCCUUCAGCCUUGAGAGCUGCCAGAACUGGCUGCCUGGGGAGCCGCACCCAGCCACUGCCGAGCACUGUGUGCGCCUGGGACCUGCAGGACAGUGCAACACUGACCUGUGCUCAGCUCCACACAGCUACGUCUGUGAGCUGCGGCCUGGAGGCCCCGUGUGGGAUGCUGAGAACUUCCUCAUGGGAGUGCCUGGUGGGGGCCUGCAGGGACCUCUGAGUCUGCUGGCACAGCAGGAAGUCCUCUUAGCCCCCCAGCAGCCUGUGGAGGUCAUGGUGUUCCCUGGCCUGAGCCUGAGCCGUGAAGCCUUCCUCACUGGAGCUGAGUUUGAGACCCAGGAGCUCCGGAGGCCUGCCCAGCUGCGGCUGCAGGUGUACCGGCCCUCAGGAGCAGCAGGGCCCCUGGAAAAUAGCAGUGAGCCUGACAACAGGACUGAUCUGGUCCCCAAGUAUAUGCUGGAGGGACAUUGGUGCCCUGAAGCCAAUGUCUGCAUGCCUCUGGAUGCCUCCUGCCAUGAUUGGGCCUGUGCUAAUGGAUCCCUGUCAGGUCCCAGGCUUCCAAAGGCUACCUACACACUAUGGAGGGAGUUCUUCUUCUCCGUGCCUGCAGGUCCCCCCACACAGUACUCGGUCACUCUCUGCGACCAGGAUGUGCCUGUGCUCCCUGGUGACCUCAUUGGUUUACAGCAUGAUGCUGGCCCAGGUGCCUUCCUACACUGUCCCCCAGUGCCCAGACGCCCUGGCCUCGAGACCCUGUAUAUUUCCACCAAUGCCUCUGACUGGCUGGCCCACCUGCCUACUCAGCUGGAGGGUACUCGAGCUGGUCCUGCCUGUGUUUUGCAACUGUUCUCAGCCACAGAGCGGCUCACCCCACUGCUGGGCCUAAGGCCAAACCCUGGGUUACAACAUCCUGGGCACUAUGAGGUCUGGGCCACAGUGGGCAACAGUGUCUCUAGGCACAACUUGUCCUGCAGCUUUGACGUGAUCUCUCCUGUGACUGGGCUGCGGGUCAUCCACCCUGCCCCCCAUGAUGGCCACCUCUAUGUGCCAGCCAAUGGCUCGGUCUUGGUGCUUCAGCUGGACUCUGGUGCCAAUGCCACAGCUGUAGCUCGCUGGCCUGGGGGCAGCGUCAGUGCACCCUUUGAGGAUGCCUGCCCUGAUGUGGCCGAUACCCUUGAGCCCAGCUGUACCCGAGAGACCAAUGACACCCUGUUUUCAGUGCUGGUGCUGCCUGGGCUCAGUGCUGGGGAGCAUAUGCUGGAGCUUGUGGCUCAGAACGGUCCCAGCCGGGCCAACCUCAGCCUGAGGGUGACAGCGGAGGAGCCCAUCCGUGGCCUCCGAGCCAUGCCCAGCCCCGAGGCCCGUGUGCUGCAGGGCGUCCUAGUGCGAUACAGCCCUGUGGUGGAGGCUGGCUCAGAUGUGGUCUUCCGGUGGACCAUCGAUGAUAAGCAGUCCCUGACUUUCCACAACGUUGUCUUCAACGUCAUCUACCAGAGCGCCGCCAUCUUCAAGCUCUCACUAACAGCCUCCAACCACGUCAGCAAUGUCACUGUGAACUACAACGUCACAGUGGAGCGCAUGAACAGGAUGCGGGGCCUGCGGGUGUCUGCAGUGCCGACUGUGCUGCCCCCCAACACCACCCUGGUGCUGGUGGCGAGUGUGCUGGUGGACUCCGCUGUGGAGGUGGCCUUCCUGUGGACCUUUGGGGAUGGGGAGCAGAUUCUUGGUCAGUUCAAGCCUCCAUACGAUGAGUCCUUCCAGGUUCCAGACCCUACAGUGGCACAGGUGCUUGUGGAACACGGUGCCACGCACUCCUAUGCCAUCCCAGGGGAGUACAACCUGACAGUGCUCGUGUCCAACACCUUUGAGAACCUAACGCAGGUGGUACCUGUGAGCGUGCGUGACGCGCUGCCCACCACGGCCAUUGGCAUGAGCAGCAGCACCCUGGUGGCCGGCCAGCCUGGUACCUUCUACCCGCACCCUCUGCCCUCCCCUGGUGGUGUCCUGUAUGUGUGGGACUUUGGGGACGGCUCCCCUGUCCUGAUGCAGAGCCAGCCAGUGGUCAGCCACACUUACGUGGCAACAGGCACCUACCACAUCUGCCUGGAGGCCAACAACACGGUGAGCAGGGUGGUGGCGCAGGCAGAGGUCCACGUCUUCCAGGAGCUGCGCGGCCUGAGUGUGCACCUGAGCCCGGCUGUAGAGCAAGGCACCCCUGUGGUCGUCAGCGCCGCUGUGGAGAUGGGUGACAACAUCACGUGGACAUUUGACAUGGGGGAUGGCACAGUGUUGACAGGCCCUGAGGCCACGGUGCAGCAUGUGUAUCUGCAGGCACAGAACAUGACAGUGACCGUGGCAGCAGCCAGCCCUGUGGGUCACUUGAGCCAAAGCCUGCCUGUGCAGGUCUUUGUCUUAGAGGUGCUACGCAUAGAGCCCAUGGCCUGCCUCCCCACACAGCCCGAGGCCCAGCUGACAGCCCAUGUUACCGGGGACCCUGCUCGCUAUCUCUUUGACUGGACCUUUGGAGAUGGCUCUUCUAAUGUGACCAUCCAGGGGCGCCCGACGGUGACACACAACUUCACUCGUAGUGGCACAUUUCCCCUGGUGCUGGUCCUGUCGAGCCACGUGAAUAAGGCACAUUACUUCACCAGUGUCUGUGUGGAGCCUGAGGUGGACAAUGUCACCCUGCAGCCUGAGAGGCAGUUUGUGCAGCUUGGGGACGAAGCCCAGCUGGUAGCCUCUGCUUGGCCCCCAUUCCCCUACCGUUACACCUGGGACUUUGGCAUUGAAGACAAUGCCCAGGUCAGUAUUGGGGGCCCUGAGAUGACAUUCACCUACAGAGAUGUGGGCUCCUACUUGGUGACGGUCACUGUGUACAAUAAUGUCUCUGCUGCCAAUGACUCAGCUCUCGUGGAGGUACAGGAGCCUGUAGUGGUCACUGGCAUCAAAGUGAACAGCUCCCGUGUGUUAGAGCUGCAGCAGCCCUACCUGUUCUCCACCGUGGGCCACGGGCGCCCUGCCACCUCCCUGUGGGAGCUGGGGGAUGGCAGGCAGCUUGAGGGCCCCGAGGUCACCCAUAUCUAUAACAACACAGGUCACUUCACUGUCAGGGUGGCCAGCUGGAAUGAGGUGAGCCGUAGCGAGGCCCAGCUCAAUGUCACAGUAAAACGGCGCGUGCGGGGGCUCAGUGUCAAUGCCAGCCGCACAGUUGUGCCUCUGAACGGCAGCGUGAGCUUCAGCACCUUGCUGGAGUCAGGCAGCGAUGUGUGCUUUUCCUGGGUGCUCUGUGACCGCUGCACGCCCAUCCCCGGGGGCCCCACCAUCUCUUACACCUUCCGCUCGGUGGGCACCUUCAACAUCAUUGUCACAGCUGAGAAUGAGGUGGGCACUGCCCAAGACAGCAUCUUCAUCUAUGUCCUGCAGCUCAUCGAGGGGCUGCAGAUAGCAGGUGGAGGGGGCAGCUGCUGCUUCCCCACCAACCACACGCUGCAGCUGCAUGCCAUGGUCAGGGAUGGCACCAACAUCUCCUACAGCUGGGUCGCCCAGCGGGAUGGCAGCCCAGCCCUGACGGGCAGUGGUAAGAGCUUCUCACUCAUUGCACUCGAAGCCAGCACCUACCACAUCCAGCUGCGGGCUACCAACAUGCUGGGCAGUGCCUGGGCCAACCGCACUGUGGACUUUAUGGAGCCUGUGGGGUGGCUGGCUGUGGCCGCCUCCCCCAACCCAGCUGCUGUCAACACGAACGUCACCCUCAGUGCCAGGCUGACUGGUGGCAGCAACGUCAUUUACACAUGGACUCUAGAGGAAGAGCUGAGCUGGGAGACCUUGGAGCCGUCUGUCAUCCUUGCCUUUCCCAUAGCCGGCCUGCACCCGGUCAGGGUCACAGCUGGGAACCAGCUGGGCUUGGCCAAUGCCACCAUUGAGGUGAUUGUGCAGGUGCCUGUGAGUGGCCUCAGCAUCAGGGCUGGUGAACUGGGCAGCUUUGUGGCAGUCAGCUCCACUGUGUCCUUCUGGGGGCAGCUAGCCACAGGCACCAACGUAAGCUGGUGCUGGACUGUGCCAGGUGGCAGUGAGCAUAGCCCGCACGUUGCUGUGAGCUUCCCAGAUGCUGGUGCCUUCUCCAUCCGGCUGAAUGCCUCCAAUGCGGUCAGCUGGGCUGUGGCUGAGCACAGCCUCACAGUGCAGGAGCCUGUUGUGGGCCUGGCUCUGUGGGCCAGUAGCAAGGUGGUGCCACCUGGGCAGCUGGUCCACUUUCAGGUCCUGUUGUCCGCUGGUUCAGAUGUUACCUUCCACUUGCAGGUUAGUGGGGCCACCCCUGAGAUUCUCCCCAGGCCCCGUUUUUCCCACCGUUUCUCCCAGGCUGGAGACCACGUGGUGAGUGUGCAGGCUGAGAACCACGUGAGCCAGGCCCAGGCGCAGGUGCGCAUCUUGGUGCUGGAGGCUGUUGGUGGGCUGCAGGUGCCCAACUGCUGCGAGCCAGGCAUGGCCACGGGCACUGAGAAGAACUUCACAGCCCGGGUGCAGCGGGGCUCCCGAGUUGCCUACGCCUGGUACUUCUCCUUGCAGAAGGUUCAGGGUGACUCGCUGGUCAUUCUGUCAGGCCGUGAUGUCACCUAUACCCCUGUUGCAGCGGGGCUGCUGGAGAUCCAGGUGCGUGCUUUCAAUGAGCUGGGCGGCGUGAACAUGACACUCUCUGUGGAGGUGCAGGAUGUCAUCCAGCACGUGGAGCUGAGGAGUGGCCGCUGCUUUGCCAGCCGCUCAGCCCGAUUUGAGGCUGCCACAAGCCCGAGCCCCCGGCGAGUGGCCUACCACUGGGACUUUGGGGAUGGGGAUCCAGUGCAGGACACAGAGGAGCCCUGGGCUGACCAUUCCUACCUGCAGCCUGGGGACUACCGAGUACAGGUGAAUGCUUCCAACCUGGUGAGCUUCUUUGUGGCACAGGCCACGGUGACUGUCCAGGUUCUGGCCUGCAGGGAGCCCGAGGUGGAUGUGGCCCUGCCCCUGCAGGUGCUGAUGCGGCGCUCCCAACGGAACUACCUGGAGGCCCACGUUGACCUACGGGACUGUGUCACCUACCAGACUGAGUACCGAUGGGAGGUAUACCGCACCACCAGCUGCCAGCGGCUGGGGCGUGUGGCACAAGUGGCCCUGCCUGGUGUGGACAUGAGCCGGCCCCAGCUGGUGGUGCCACGGCUGGCACUUCCUGUGGGCCACUAUUGCUUCGUGUUUGUGGUGUCAUUUGGGGACACGCCGUUGGCACGGAGCAUUCAGGCCAAUGUGACUGUGGCUGCUGAACGCCUGGUGCCCAUCAUUGAAGGUGGCUCCUACCGUGUGUGGUCAGAUACGCAGGACCUCGUGCUGGAUGGGAGCAAGUCCUACGAUCCCAAUCUGGAGGAUGGUGACCAGACAUCACUAAACUUCCUCUGGGCCUGUGUGGCCUCAACUCAGAGUGAGGCCAGUGGGUGUCUGCUGAACCUUGGGCCCCGUGGGAGCAGCGUAGUAACCAUCCCUCGGGAGCGCCUGGUGGCCGGUGUGCAGUACACCUUCAGUCUCACAGUGUGGAAGGCGGGCCGGAAGGAGGAGGCUGCAAGCCAGACGGUAUCCAUCCGGAGCGGCCGGGUGCCCAUUGUGUCUCUGGAGUGCGUGUCCUGCAAGGCGCAGGCGGUGUACGAAGUGAGCCGCAGCUCCUACAUAUACCUGGAGGGCCGCUGCGAAAACUGUAGCAGCGGCUCCAAGCGAGGGCGCUGGGCCGCACGCACCUUCAGCAACAAGACGCUGGUGCUGGACGAGACGACCACGUCCACGGGCAGCUCUGGCAUGCGACUGGUAGUUCGGCGGGGCGUGCUGCGCGACGGUGAGGGCUACAUCUUCACGCUCAGCGUGCUGGGCAGCUCGGGCGAAGAAGAGGGCUGUGCCUCCAUCCGCCUCUCGCCCAACCGCCCGCCGCUUGGGGGCUCCUGCCGACUCUUCCCACUGGAGGCCGUGCGCGCGCUCACCACCAAGGUGCACUUCGAGUGCGCUGGCUGGCGCGAUGCGGAGGAUGCCGGUGCCCCACUGGUGUACGCCCUGCUACUGCGGCGCUGUCGCCAGGGCCACUGCGAGGAGUUCUGCGUCUAUAAGGGCAGCCUCUCAGCCUAUGCCGCUGUGUUGCCACCUGGCUUCCGGCCUCACUUUGAAGUCGACUUGGCUGUGGUAGUGCAGGAUCAGCUGGGCGCCGCAGUGGUUGCCCUCAACAGGUCUCUGGCCAUUGUCCUUCCAGAGCCCAAUAGCAGCUCUGUGGGCCUCACCCCCUGGCUGCACAGCCUGACCUCCAUUGUGCUACCUGGGCUACUGAGGCAAGCUGACCCCCAGCACGUCAUUGAGUACUCGCUGGCCCUCAUCACUGUGCUCAAUGAGUAUGAGCAGGCCCCAGACAUGGCAGCCGAACCCCACCAUGAACGGCAGCUGCGAGCCCAGGUGCGCAAGAACAUCACAGAGACCCUGGUGUCCCUUCGCGUUAACACUGUGGAUGACAUCCAGCAGAUCACUGCUGCGCUGGCCCAGUGCAUGGUGUCCAGCAGAGAGCUUGUGUGCCGCUCCUGUCUGAAGACAACGCUGCACAAGUUGGAGGGGAUGAUGCGCAUCCUGCAGGCAGAGACCACCGAGGGCACUGUGACCCCCACCACCAUCGCAGACAGCAUCCUCAACAUCACAGGUGACCUCAUCCACCUGGCCAGCUCAGAGGCACAGGGCCUCCAGCCCUCAGAGCUGGGGGCUGAGCCACCCUCACUGAUGGUGGCGUCCAAGGCCUACAACCUCUCCUCGGCUCUCAUGCGCAUCCUCAUGCGUUCCCGCGUGCUCAACGAGGAGCCACUGACCCUGGUGGGCGAGGAGAUUGUGGCCCAGGGCAAGCGCUCAGAUCCACUGAGCCUGCUGUGUUACGGCAACACCUCGGGUCCUGGCUGCCAUUUCUCCAUCCCGGAGGCCUUCAGCGGGGCCUUGUCCAACCUCAGUGACGUGGUGCAGCUCAUCUUCAUUGUAGACUCCAAUCCCUUCCCAUUUGGCUACAUCAGCAACUACACUGUCUCCACCAAGGUGGCCUCCAUGGCCUUCCAGACACAGACUGGUGCCCAAAUCCCCAUCGAACGGCUGGCCACAGAGCGUGCCAUCACAGUGAAGGUGCCUAACAACUCGGACCAGAGUCCCUGUGCCCCUGCAGGCUCUGCCAUCGUCCAGCCCCAAACCUCAAUCAGUGUUGUGGUUACCCCAGACAGCAGCAGCCCUGAGGCGGGGCUGCACCUGCAGGUCACCUACGUGGUACUCAGCGAGCGCCACUUGUCUGAGGAGCCCGAGCCCUACCUGGCAGUCUACCUGCACUCGGCGCCUCAACCCAAUGAACACAACUGCUCAGCCAGGAGGAGGGUCAGCCUGGAGGUGCUCCGGGGUGCUGACCACAGGCCCUACACCUUCUUCAUCGCCCCGGGCAGGACCCGAGACCCAGGCGGGAGUUACUACCUGAACCUAACCAACCACUUCCACUGGUCAGCGCUGGAGGUGUCCGUGGGCCUGUACACCUCCCUGUGCCAGUACUUCAGUGAGGAGGAGAUGAUGUGGAGGACCGAGGGGCUCGUGCCCCUGGAGGAAACCUCACCCCACCAGGCUGUCUGCCUCACCCGCCACCUGACUGCCUUUGGCGCCAGCCUCUCUGUGCCCCCCAGUCGUGUCCAGUUCACUUUUCCUGAGCCAGCCAGUGGCGUGAACUCCAUUGUUCUGCUGACCUGCACUGUGUGCUUGCUGACCUACGUGGUCAUGGCUGUGAUCCUGCGCAAGCUGGACCAGCUGGAUGUUGGCCGGGCCCGCAUCAUCCCUUUCUGUGGGAGGGGAGGCCACUUCAAGUAUGAAAUCCUGGUCAAGACCGGCUGGGGCCGAGGCGCAGGUACCACAGCCCAUGUGGGCAUCAUGCUGUAUGGGGCAGAUAGUCGGAGUGGCCACCGGCACCUGGAUGGGGACAGAGCCUUCCACCGCAACAGCCUGGACAUCUUCCAGAUCGCCACCCCGCACAGCUUGGGCGACGUGUGGAAAAUCAGAGUGUGGCACGACAACAAAGGGCUCAGCCCCGCCUGGUUCCUGCAGCACAUCAUUGUCAGGGACCUGCAGAAUGGCCGCAGCACCUUCUUCCUGGUCAACGACUGGCUGUCUGUGGAGACGGAGUCCAACGGGGGCCUGGUGGAGAAGGAAGUGCUGGCUGCAGGUGAGGCGGCCCUGUGGCGGUUCCAGCGCCUGCUUGUAGCCGAGCUGCAGCGGGGUUUCUUUGACAAGCACAUCUGGCUUUCCAUGUGGGACCGGCCACCUCGGAGCCGCUUCACUCGUGUCCAGAGGGCCACCUGCUGUGUCCUUCUCUUCUGCCUUUUCCUGGGUGCUAAUGCUGUGUGGUAUGGGGUCGUGGGAGACGCCACCUACAGUGUGGGGCCUAUGUCCAGUCUGAUCCCACCCAGUGCUGACACAAUUGCUAUUGGCUUGGUGUCCAGCGUUGUCGUCUACCCUGUCUACCUGGCCAUUCUGUUCCUCUUCCGGAUGACCCGGAGCAAGGUGGCUGGGGGCCUGAGCCCCACCCCCACAGGACCUCAGGCUCUGGAUGUGGACAGCUGCCUGGACUCCUCUGUGCUGGACAGCUCUUUUCUCACCUUUGCAGGCCUCCGUGCUGAGGCCUUGGCUGGGCAAAUGAAGGGCGACUUGUUUUUGGAUGAUUCUAAAAGCCUAGUGUGCUGGCCGUCCAGCGAAGGCACACUCAGUUGGCCAGACCUGCUCAGUGACCCAUCCAUCAUGGGCAGCACCCUGCAGCGCCUGGCUCGGGGCCAACUGGGCCAUGGACUGGGCCCAGAGGAGGAUGGCCUCUCUCUGGUCAGCCACUCCUCACCUUCCAAAUACUUCUCAGCCUCAGAUGAAGACCUGAUCCGCCGGGUCCUGGCUGAAGGGGCCAGCAGCCUGGCUCCUGCCCAAGAUGCCCAUGUAGAAUCAGACCUGCUCACUGGCCUGCCCAGUGCUCCAGGGGAGAAGACGGAAGUACUGACACUACAGAGGCUGGGAAAGAAGCAGCCACCCAGCCCGGGCCUGACUGGGCAACAGCCCCCAUUGGCAGGGCUCUCCAGGACAGGACUAGCGGAGGGUCUGCGGAAGCACCUGCUGCCUACAUGGUGUGCCUCCCUGGCCCACGGGCUCAGCCUGCUCUUGGUGGCUGUGGCUGUGGGGGUCUCAGGGUGGGUCGGUGCCAGCUUCCCCCCAAAUGUGAGCGUCAUGUGGCUCCUCUCGAGCAGCUCCAGCUUCCUGGCCUCCUUCCUCGGCUGGGAGCCACUUAAGGUCCUGUUGGAAGCCCUCUACUUCUCACUGGUGGCCAAGCGGCUGCACCCAGAUGAAGACGACACCUUGGUGGAGAGUCCAGCUGUGACCCCUGUGAGCGAGCGAGUGCCCCGGGUGCGCCCCCCCCAUGGCUUUGCACUCUUCCUGGCGAAGGAGGAAGCCCGCAAGGUCAAGAGGCUGCAUGGCAUGCUGAGGAGCCUCUUGGUGUACAUGCUUUUCCUGCUGGUGACGCUGCUGGCCAAUUAUGGAGACGUCUCGUGCCACGGCCAUGCCUACCGUCUGCAGAAUGCCAUCAAGCAGGAGCUGGAUAGCCGGGCUUUCUUGGCCAUCACUCGGUCUGAUGAGUUCUGGCCGUGGAUGUCCCAUGUGCUGCUGCCCUACGUCCACGGGAACCAGUCCAGCCCCGAGCUGGGGCCCCCGCGGUUGCGGCAAGUGCGGUUGCAAGAAGCCGCAGGAGGCUUCAGCACCAGUGACCAUGGCAUUGGCUGGCAGAGUGGAGCCCACAACGACUCUGAGUCCUGGACCUACUCUGCUCCUGACAUGCUGGGUGCCUGGUACUGGGGAUACUGUGCCGUGUACGACAGCGGCGGCUACGUGCAGGAGCUGGGCCUGAGUCUUGAGGAGAGCCGUGCGAGGCUGGGCUUCCUGCAGCUGCACAACUGGCUGGACAGCAGGAGCCGUGCAGUGUUCGUGGAGCUGACGCGCUACAGCCCAGCUGUGGGGCUGCAUGCCGCCGUCACGCUGCGCCUCGAGUUCCCCACCGCUGGCCGCGCCCUGGCGGCCCUCAGCAUCCGCCCAUUUGCACUGCGGCGCCUCAGUUCCGGACUGUCACUGCCUCUGCUCACCUCGGUGUGCCUGCUGCUGUUCGCAAUGUACUUCUCAGUAGCGGAGGUGCGCACCUGGCGCAGACAGGGCUGUCUUCGUCUAGUGCGGCCUGGGGCCUGGGCACGGUGGCUGCUGGUGGCGCUGACCGCAUCCACGGCGCUGGUGCGCCUGGCCCAGCUGGGUGCCGCUGACCGCCAGUGGGCCCGCUUUGUGAGCGGUCGCCCGCGCCACUUCACAAGCUUCGACCAAGUCGCACAGCUGAGUGCCGUUGCCAGAGGCCUGGCCGCCUCGCUGCUCUUCCUGCUCUUGGUCAAGGCCGCGCAGCAGCUACGGUUCGUUCGACAGUGGUCAGUUUUUGGUAAGACGCUCUGCCGCGCCCUGCCGGAGCUUGCAGGAGCCACCUUAGGACUGGUUGUGCUCGGUGUGGCCUAUGCCCAGCUGGCUGUUCUGCUGGUCUCCUGCAUGGACUCCCUCCUGAACGCGGCCCGGACACUCCUAGUGCUGUGCCCAGGGUCCCGGGGCCCCAUCCUGUGUCCCGCUGAUUCUUGGACCCUGUCCCCGUUGCUGUGUGUGGGGCUCUGGGGUCUGCGGCUGUGGGGCGCCCUGAGGCUGGGCGCGGUCCUCCUGCACUGGCGCUAUCAUGCCCUGCGGGGAGAGCUGUACCGCCCAGCCUGGGAGCCUCAGGACUACGAGAUGGUGGAGCUGUUUCUGCGCAGGCUGCGCCUCUGGAUGGGCUUCAGUAAGGUCAAAGAGUUCCGCCACAAGGUUCGCUUUGAAGGAAUGGAACCACUGCCCUCCCGCUCAUCCCGGGGCUCCAAGUCCUCCCCAGGCGCACCCCCACCCAGCGCUGGCUCCAGUGCCUCACACCCCUCCACUGCCUCCAGCCAGCAGGACGGGCUGAGUGUGGGCCUGGGCCACCCGGGGCCACGGGGGGAGUCUGAGCCAGAGCCCUCCCGCCUCCUUGCUGUGUUUGAGGCCCUGCUGACCCAGUUUGACCGCCUCAACCAGGCCACGGAGGACGUCUACCAGCUGGAGCAGCAGCUGCAGAGCCUGCGAGGCCACAAGAGCAGCAGGACUCCCACCUCACCAUCCCCCAGCACCAGGCCACUCCUGCCCAGCCACCCUGCUCAGCCAGGUCGGGGUAUGGACCUGGCCGUAGGACGCAGCAGGCCAUGCCUGUGGGCUAAAAACAAGGUCCACCCUAGCAGUCCUUAGCCCCAGGGAAUCUGGGCCAUGCCCCUUCUUUUGGGCAGGGCCUGUGGCUUUGCUCUGGCCCCUUGGAGCCAGGGUGGACACCGCUCAGUAUUAUCUUCUGCCACCCUCAGGGUUUCGGGUCGGGCAGAACAGCUACACGCAGGUUUCCCAGGGAGCAGGCGGGUGGGUCUGCCUGUCUCUGGGCUUCAGCACUUUAAAGAGGCUGUGACCAGCCAGGACCCAGGGCCCCUCCCCAGCUCCCUGCAGGAACAGCAGCAUUGGACCAGCGAGAACCUGGCUCUGAGUCGCUAACUUAUUUCCCCCAGUCCUCAGGUACAGCGGGCUGUGCCCGGCCCACCCCUGGGCAGCCAUAUCCCCCUCGCUAAGGAUCCAGGCUUUCAGGAGAGUUGAGCUGCACCUCCUGUGGUCCGCCCCUAAGUUAUUACCUCUCCUUUCCGCCCCCGCAGCGCACUCGCCUCCAGUGCCCCGCCCCCCGUCAUGUGUCUACCAUUAGUAAUUUAUACAGGGUUAAAAUGUGUGUGUUUUUCUAUGUCACUAUUUUUCACUAGGGCUGAUGGACCUGGUGGUUGAAGCUAGGCCCUGUGGCUGGGUCAGAGUCUGGGGCACAGCUGCCCCGGACCACCGCACCCUUUGUUUCACUCCCCUGCCUAGGGCCUGGUGAUGACAAGGCAGCACCCAGCCUGCCGGUGUCCGGUCUAGGCAAGGGCAGGAGUGAAGGGUGACAGGCAGGCAGGGGAAAGGACCCUCCUGGGGCUGGCUCCCAGGACUGGGGAGGUGAGCGUGUGACAGUGUGAGUGUGUGAGGUGGAGGUCUGGGUGUGAGUACCAGGGCUCCACUGAUGUGGGAGGGGCUGUCCCCAAGAGACCCAGGAUCUGAGCAUGCUCACUUCUGGGGCCACAGCUGCAGGUAUAGCCUCAAUCCUGCCCCCAACCCCACAAAACGGACAAAGUCAAAUAAAGGAGCUGUCUGACUGCUA